AUGUGUGAGUUUGCUGAAUGGGAUGCUACUUCUGAUACUUUAAAAUAUCAGUAUGUAUUCAGUUCAUUUCCUUACUUCAACAUUGUGCAAUCUACUGUUUUUGAGGAUGUAUUUUAUACUGAUAAGCCUGUUGUUGUCUCUGCUCCAACUGGCUCUGGUAAGACAGUCAUAUUUGAGUUAGCUAUUGUGAGACUUCUAAUGCUUAUGUCUGAUUUGGGUCAGAUUGCUUCAGGAUACAAAAUAGUUUACAUGGCACCGGUAAAAUCUCUGUGUAAUCAACGCUUUGUGGAUUGGCAGGCAAAAUUUGAACCAUUGGGUGCUAUGUGUAUUCAGCUAACAGGUGAUACUGAAGCUGAAGAUUACUUUGAACUUCAAAAGUAUGCAAUAAUACUAACUACGCCAGAAAAAUGGGACAGUAUUACAAGACUGUGGAAGAAUAACAAAAAUUUAGUUCAAAUGGUGAAGCUAAUUUUAGUAGAUGAGAUUCACUUGUUAAAUGAAGAAGAGCGAGGCGCAACUAUGGAAGCUGCUCUGAGUCGCAUGAAAACUAUACAUGCCAUCUUAUCAUUAAAGUAUCGUAACAAGCAGAGAACUGAACCAGGGUUACGAUUUAUUGCUGUAUCUGCUACCUUUACAAAUGUGAAUGAUGCUGCCGAGUGGUUGAGUUCUUCAGAUAUUAAAGGCAUUGCUUACAAGUUAGAGGAAAAUUUACGGCCUGUGCAUUUAAAAAAAUUUGUUAUUGGCUAUCCGUGUCCUGACCAUAUGUCGGAAUUUCGUUUUGAUCUGAUGCUGAGCUACAAGUUAAGCCAUGUUAUUCAUUCAUACUCUGAAAAGAAACCAACUUUAGUGUUCUGUGCUACAAGGAAAAGUGUUAUGCAGACUGCUUGUAUUGUUUCUAAUGCAGCAAAAUUUGUUCUUAAUUCUGAACACAAACAAAAGUUAAUUGAAGCAGCGAAUAUUUUGCAUGACAGUAAACUUAGAGAAUGCAUUUUGAGUGGAGUUGGUUUUCACCAUGCUGGGCUAGAAGCUUCUGACAGAAAGGUGGUGGAAACCAUGUUUGUAAAUGGACAUCUUCUAGUGUUAAUAUCUACAAGCACUCUUUCUAUGGGAGUCAAUUUUCCUGCUCAUCUGGUUGUAGUAAAAUCUACUGUGCAGUAUGCUGGUGGUUGUUACAAAGAAUACUCUGAGACUCAAAUAUUGCAAAUGAUUGGAAGAGCUGGAAGACCUCAGUUUGAUUCUUCUGCUGCAGCUGUUAUAAUGACAAAAUCAAGUUUAAAGGAAAAAUAUGAAAAAUUAGUUUAUGGAAAACAGUUGAUAGAAAGCAGCUUGCAUAAACAUAUUGCUGAACAUUUGAAUGCUGAAAUUGUUCUUGGGACCAUAACUGAUGUUUCCAUAGCUGUGGAAUGGCUAAAAGCUACUUUUCUGUACCAGCGAAUUUUUAAGAACCCAAAACAUUAUGGAAUAAACAUGAAGUUACCAAAAGAAAAGAUUGAAAGAAAACUGCAAGAUUUAUGCAUUAAGGAAAUAAAUGGCUUAAGGAAAUAUAAAUUGAUACAUAUGGAUGAUGAUAGUUUCAGUUUGCAACCUACAGGUACUGGUCGUCUAAUGGCUAAAUAUUACGUUGCCUAUGAAACUAUGAAAAGUUUUUCAGCUUUGACUGGCAAUGAAAACCUGCCUGAUCUGUUAUGUUUGAUUUCAUCAUGUAAAGAAUUUGAAGAUAUUCAGUUAAGAGUAAAUGAAAAGAAAUUCUUGAAUGAUCUAAAUAAAAAUAAACAUUCUUCAAUUCGCUUCCCAUUUCAAGGCAAGAUUAAAACACGGGCAAUGAAAAUAAAUUGCUUGAUACAAGCAACAUUUGGGUGUUUAUCAAUUUCUGAACCAGCAGUCAAUCAGGAUAUUUCAAAAAUAUUCAGAAGUGGCCUUAGGAUAACAAAAUGUAAGUUUAAAUAACAAACCUUGUCUUGUCAUCUGCUAUCAUCACCGGCUUUAUAUAUAACAUAUCAAAAUUCAUGAAAAAGUUGUAACAUUUUUCUCUAUUUUUCUGUAGGUUUUAAAAUUAAGAUUUUCAGAAUUUACUAUGGAACUGUAAAUAAAAUUAA